AUGCAGCUCCUAUGCGCGUCAUCUCUCUUCCUGCUCGCAACCUCUGUGUCUGCAAAGGCAUGGAACGUGAACAUCUACAGCGACUCCAAUUGCAAGAACUACAUUAGCUCCUGGCACGACACCGCAAACCCCUGGACCUUUGGCUACAGCUAUGGAAUUCACUGUGCGAAGGUUACCAAUGGCCCUGAUUAUGGCUGGUGCCAAUUCUGGGCCGAUGAUAACUGCUCGGAGGACAUCGGAAACGACAGCCGCGUCAGCCCUGGUGGUCAGGUCACCACGCAGGGAUAUUUGGAGAUUAAGUGCUGGACUUGCAAGACCAAUUCAUAA